AUGCGAAGGAGCAACUCGUGCUUGGGUUGUGUGCCUAGGAGCACGUCGGCGCUGCCCGUGGAGAGGUCCUUUGCUCCUCCGUCUCCGAUGCAGUCGUGGCCGUCCUCAGAUGGAGGAUUUGCAAAGGGCAUCAUAGACCUCGGAGGCCUGGAGGCGCGCCAAGUCACCACGUUCGCCAAGGUCUGGUCCACUGCGCAGGGCGGCCAAGACGGCCUCGGCGCAACCUUCUUCCAGCCGUCGCCGGUACCGGCCGGAUUCCGCGCUCUCGGUCACUACGCGCAGCCCAACAACCGGCCACUCUCUGGCCACGUCCUCGUCGUCCGGGACGCGUCCGGCACCGGAGCACUCCUAGUCCCGCCGCUGGACUACACCCUUGUCUGGUCCAGCGGUCAGGAUGGUGGUGCUGGCUUCUUCUGGCUCCCCAUGGCCCCGGACGGCUACAGGGCGGUGGGCAUAGCGGUCACGACGACCAAGGAUAAGCCGCCGCUCGACGAGGUCGUGUGCGUCCGUGCCGACUUCACCGAGGCGUGCGAGGACGAGGAGUCUGUGUGGAGCAGCGACAAGGACGGGUUCACCGCAACUUCUCUGAGGCCGGCGGUACGUGGCAUCGAUGCCCGGGGCGUGCACGCCGGCACGUUCGGAGUCCACGUACAGAGCAGCACCGCGGCGACGACGACCUUGGCGUGUCUCAAGAACAACAGCGGGGCUUACACGUCAUGCAUGCCCGACCUGGCUCAGCUGCAUGCCCUUCUGGCGGCCUACUCGCCCCAGGUGUACCUGCACCCCAACGACCCGUACAUGCCUUCGUCGGUGCCGUGGUACUUCGAGAACGGCGCUCUGCUGUACCAGAACGGCAGCCAGACGUCACCGACGCCCGUGGUCGCCGACGGGUCGAACCUCCCGCAGGGCGGCGGCAACGACGGCGCGUACUGGCUCGACCUGCCGGUGGAUAAAGGCCAGAGGGAGAGGGUCAAGAAGGGCGACCUCGCCGGCGCGAAAGCCUACGUGCAGGCGAAGCCGAUGCUGGGAGGGACGGCUACGGACCUUGCCUUGUGGUUCUUCUACCCAUUUAAUGGGCCAGCUCGGGCCAAGGUUGGCCCCCUCACAAUCCCGCUCGGUAUGAUCGGCGAGCACGUCGGCGACUGGGAGCACGUGACGCUGCGCGUGAGCAACUUCUCCGGCGAACUGCUCCGGGUGUACUUAUCGCAGCACAGCACGGGCACCUGGAUGGAGGCAUCGCAGCUCGAGUACAUCGGCAGCAGACCGGUGGCGUACACGUCGCGGAGCGGGCACGCGUUCUACCCCAAGGAGGGGCUGGUGCUGCAGGGCGACUCGAAGCUGGGGAUCGGGAUACGGAACGACUGCGCCAAGGGGAGCAUGAUGGACACUGGCGGUGGGCGGUGCGAGGUGGUCUCCGCGGAGUACCUCGGCGCCGGGAAGGUGGCCGAACCGGCGUGGCUUGGGUUCGAGAGGGGGUGGGGCCCGAAGGAGGAGUACGACAUCGGGCGCGAGAUCAACCGCGCGGCGAGGAUCCUGCCGCGCAAGAUGAGGGAGCGGCUAGGCCAGCUGGUGAAGGAGCUGCUCGUCGGAGAAGGGCCCACGGGGCCAAAGAUGAAGGGAAGCUGGAGAAAUGACGAAAGGGAUCCCAAAACCUGAUCGAUGAUGCACGCCGUGUCAGUUCUCCAUGCGAACCUCCAUUCGCUCACCGUUUGAUCGAUGCAUGUGAUGUCAUCUGAUCGGACUGUUACGACAGUUCCGUAUGGGUUCAUCCGUUCAUGCGAUAUGUUUAUGUGUGUGAUCUAAAUUACAUAUCACGGGUUCACUGAACGUAGACAGAUUUAGGCAAUUUUUUGCUUAAAUCUGAGAUAAUCUA